AUGCUCACUCCAAGGCUUCCUGAAUUUUUAACUUUUGUCCUGGCUUUCCAAGCAGCCAAUGCCAGCCCCACAAACUCCAGAAGGCAGAGCAUCACGCCUCUCUCCAGUUCGGAGAUAACGGCGUUCAGACCUUUCUCCUACUUUGCAAGCACAGCCUACUGCAACCCAAGCACAACUAUUAACUGGAGUUGCGGAGCAAAUUGCGAUGCGAACUCUGACUUCAUACCUAUCGCCACCGGAGGCGAUGGCUCCUCUGUUCAAUUUUGGUAUGUUGGAUAUUGGCCGUCCCAAGAAACCGUCAUCGUUGCCCACCAGGGCACGAAUGUCUCGAAAAUUCAAGCCGAUGCUACGGACUUAGACGUGCUUUUGCAAAAUUUGGACAGCACGCUCUUCCCGGGCGUAGAUUCCUCGGUGGAAGUUCACAGUGGCUUUGCUCGAGAACAGGCCAAGACGGCCACUGAUGUCCUGUCAGCCGUGAACACCGUUAUCUCAACGUACGGGGCAUCUAAUGUCACAAUUGUUGGCCACUCGCUAGGUGCCGCGAUUGCCCUUUUAGACGGUGUUUAUCUCCCUCUCCAAAUCAGCGGUGUCUCAUUCCGUAUGAUUGGAUAUGGAAUGCCCCGAGUCGGUAAUCAGGCCUUCGCCAACUACAUCGAUGCCCACCUCGCAAUCACUCAUAUCAACAACAAAAAGGACUUUGUGCCCAUUAUACCAGGCAUGUUCUUGGGCUACGUCCACCCAUGGGGUGAGGUCCAUAUAAUGGGCAAUGAGCAAUGGGUCUCCUGUCCCGGCCAAGACAACCCGAGCACAGAGUGCAUCGUCGGGGACGUACCGAACGUCUUUGAUGGAGUUGAAAGCGACCAUGACGGACCCUAUGAUACUGUUGAGAUGGGCUGUUGA